CCAGAAAAAUAAUUAGAGACUCGUGAAACGAAGGAAAUCAAAAUCCGAAUUUCGAACCAGAAAAACAAAAGAAAAAGAAAACAAGGGGAAAAUGGAAGCAGCGAUGGGACUGAUGCGUCGGAUGCCUCCCAAGCACACUGAGACGGCUCUCUCCGCCCUUCUCUCCCUUCUCCCCCAGCACUCCUCCGAUCUCCUCUCUCAAGUCGAUCAGCCUCUCCAGGUUUUGUGCGAUAUGGUAUACGGGAAGGAGUUCAUUUUGUGUGAAUAUAACAGAGAUGCAGACUCUUACAGAUCACCUUGGUCAAACAAAUAUCAUCCGCUGCUAGAAGACGGCAGCCUCCCAUCUUUAGAGUUGAGGAAACUUGAAGUUGAAGCAAACGACAUCUUUGCCGUAUAUCGUGACCAGUACUAUGAAGGUGGCAUUUCUUCAGUUUAUAUGUGGGAGGAUGAUAACGAAGGCUUUGUCGGCUGCUUUUUAAUCAAGAAAGGGCAUUCAGAUGGCUCCAAGACAGGGCAAGGCCGGAGGGGUUAUCUGCAGGAGGGGGCAUGGGAUGCUAUACAUGUGAUUGAGGUGGGUCCGGAGGAGGAAGGGACAGCCCAAUACCGUUUAACCAGCACUGUCAUGCUGUCUUUGACUACAGAUAAUGAGUCAUCAGGCACAUUCUGUUUGUCUGGAUCAAUUAGACGACAGAUGAAUAUGCACCUCUCAAUUCAAGAAGGCCAUAUUUGUAACAUGGGAAGAAUGAUCGAAGAAAUGGAGAGCAAGCUGAGAAAUUCACUCGAUCAGGUUUAUUUUGGGAAGACGAAAGAGAUGGUUUGCACUUUACGACCACCAUCUGAAGUAGUGAUGAGACUGCCUGACAGCUGAUGAGGCAUAUAUUCUAUGGCCUAUCAACAAGGGAGAAUACCAGUCACUCACCAGGUGUUGGUUGUCAAACUUAAACGAUUAGGAUUCUGCUGUACUUUAUGUCAUUAUCUAGUUUUUGAAAUGUUCUUUUGUUUUGAAUUGUACCACUUGGUGGCCUUGUGCCAUUGCGCAGUAGAGAAGAUGGCUGGUUUGUGAAUCGAAAACGCCUCGUGGAUUUUGUAUUUUCGUACUCAUUAUCAAUUGUGUUCUCGAGUUAGUAAAA